AUGCCUGAGGUGUUGUUCUUCAACAACAACUGCACUCUAGGCCAAUAUCUCAUAGGCCGACUGGAAGCCAAGCACUUCAAGGAGACUGUGCUUGUGGUGGAUGUCUUCCACUACAAGACAAAGCAUGCAGAUGACAAUGUCUAUUGCAGCACUCACUGCAAUCUGGUGUCUUUCCCUGAGUUGUAUGACCCAGCAUCCAAAACCUGGACUUUCAAUUCCUUGGCAUGUGAGCAGUCCAAUGCAUGGAUAUGCAAGUAUCAGGGUCAGCUGUGA